GCCAGGGCACCACAGCCCAGGACAGGGUUGGGUAAAGGGCAUCUCACACCCAGCAAGAGCCCUGGGCCAGGGCCAGCUCUCCCGUGGGAGGAGAUCACCCCUGGCCAUGGCAGGGGAAGGGCUUGUGCCUGCUUGCACUCGCCACAGGAGGCUGGUGGAGAGAGAAGCUUCUCUGAAGCGCUGAGCAGCCAUGGAGAAGAUGCAGCAGAUCGUGGGGCGGGCCAGGGCCGCCUUCAGGUCGGGCCGGAGCCGCCCGCUGGAGUUCAGGAUCCAGCAGCUGAAGGCCCUGGAGAGGAUGGUGAAGGAGAAGGAGAAGGAGAUCAUGGCAGCCCUCAAGGCCGACCUGAACAAGAGUGGGCCCAAUGCCUACACCCAAGAGAUCCUGGGCGUGCUGAGUGAGCUGGCCCUCACCAUGGAGAAGCUGCCGUCCUGGGCAGCCCCUCAUCCUGUCAAAAAGGACCUGCUGACCCUGAGGGACGAGGCCUACAUCGGCUACGAGCCCCUGGGCGUGGUGCUGGUCAUCGGGGCCUGGAACUACCCCUUUGCACUGGUGAUGCAGCCCCUGAUCGGGGCCAUCGCAGCAGGCAAUGCCGUGGUGGUGAAGCCGUCGGAGGUCAGCGAGAACACGGCUCGGCUGGUGGCUGAGCUCCUGCCACGGUACCUGGACAAGGAUCUGUACACUGUGGUCACUGGAGGAGUUCCUGAGACAACCGAGCUGCUGACCCAGAGAUUUGAUCACAUCCUCUACACGGGCAACACUGCAGUGGGCAAAAUUGUGAUGGCAGCAGCUGCCAAGCACCUGACCCCUGUCACGCUGGAGCUGGGGGGGAAGAGCCCCUGCUACAUCGACAAGGACUGUGACCUGGCUGUCGCCUGCAGGUCAGGUUCUUGCACCCUCAAUGGGCCUCUCUGA